AUCUGAUUGGUUGCCGUGGGCAACUCAGCAAUGUUUCCUCUGAGAAGGUUUUGAUAAAUCUCCCCCCCUGUAAACUAAAGAGGAGUUUGUAUGGUCCACCAUUGCUGCCGUUGGGAUCUGUUUAUUGUGCAUCCAUACUACUAUAUAAGAAGCAAUGUCCCAUCUCCACAACUAAUGUAGUUUAGCAUGGUUGGAGGAUCACUGGAUCAUCUGCUCUGGAACCACAUGAGGGCUACAAAUAAGGAGAAACAAAAGAAUCUGGCCAGCUGGAAACUUUCAUGUGUUUUGCAUUGCUGCUGUGGUUUUGCUCCAGACCAUCCGUGUGGCAGAUUUCCAAUUCCCAGGUCCACAAAGAUCGGAGAAGCCCGCCGGGGAGACCCAUUGUUUCGGGCCAAAAUUCAGUUACUUCCCGGAUCUCCAUGUUUCUGGAAAGGAUUCUAAGAAAAUUUGUGUUGUCAGGUUGCAUCACGACCAUGAUGUGGCUUCUGCCACUGAUCACGUCCAUCCUCAUCUCUGAAUCCCUAUGCUGUAUAACAUGCGACCAAAGAGGGAAAGAUGCAAUGGAAACAUUGACCAUCCUGAUCCAAAGCCAUCUGCCUGAAGAUCUAGAGGCCGGAAAUAACAUCACACAGAUAUAUGAAGCUGCAGAGAGAAAGUUUCUGGACUACCUGGGGAAUGAAGUCGGGAUGAUGGAUACAUUUGCCAUAUCUACCCUUGUGUCCGAGUAUCAAAAAUCUGUGGACACCAUCAAUGCUACAGAGGUUGAAGAGGAACUUAUUCUAGAGGAACUUAUUUCAGAGGAACAACUUAUUCCCAUCAUAAAACAUCACUUCCAAGACCUGAUGGAAAAAACUGAGGUCAUCAUCCAGGACCUAGAAAAACGUAAAUGCCCAAACAAACAAGGCGAAGACAGCUGUGGUUUAAUGGUGCAAACCUUCAUCAAAUGCAACACCUGUGCUGAACGGAAGGUUGUCUGUGCCGGGGGCCCACCUGAAAAUCAAGAAUACUUUGACCGAAGCUCCUGUCUGUGCACACAAGACAAGUGUGUAGAUUUAAAGACUGGACUUUCAUGCUCCCCCUGUGUGGAUCUCACCUCUCAGCUCAAUAAGACCCUAAACUGUGGAGUGGAGAAUAUACAAGUCUCAGAGAAUGAAGACCUAAUCCUGGACUGUGGCCAAGAAUGGCAUGCCAUGCUGGAGGGUUCUUAUCAAUACCAAUUCAUAGAGAAAACUGACACAGAACCAGUGGUGACCAACAAUUUCUAUCUAAACAUCCAAGGAGCCCAGAUGGGUGUCAACAACUACACAUGCACCACCAUAUUGGACUCUGGAAUACCUGUCAGUACAAUCACCUACAGCGUGAGAGUUGUUAAUGAAUCAGAAGGGAUGGCAGAAAAUCAGUCUUGUAUUACACCUACUCCCAUGGUUGACAUGAAACCCCCUGAGCCAUCACUUGAUGAAGCCCUAGGGAUGAAGAUUGUGGACAUUGGAGCAAUAUCUGCUGCAGCCAUCGUCCUUCUCAUGUGUUGUAUCUGCGGCUACAUAUUCUACAGAUUAAUGGCUACACCAAAGCAGCCUGUGGAAAAAGAGCCAGUAUAAGGCUAAUUUUCCACUUGUUUUUUUUUUUCUGGCAGUUUUUGGUAAUCUGCCACUGCAGUUUUUGAGCCAAAGUCAGGAAUGUAUUCAAAAGGAAUAGGACAUAUAAAGGAAGGACUUAUACUUCUCCUCCCUCAUGGAUCCACUUCUGACUUUGGCUCAAAAACUGCAGUGGAAGUUUUCAAAAAACUGCCAGAAAAAAAAAAACAAGUGAAAUCCUAGCCUAAAGGGGAAAUCCAUACAACAGUCAGCUGACCAGAGGAACAGCAUGAAGCAAAGAAAACGUAAACUACUUAUAGAACCCUUCAUCCACUCCUAAAUAAAUAAAUAAAUAUCUUCCAAACCCUUUAUCCUCUCCCUUAAAAAAAAUCUCUCUUACCUUCUAUUUAUUUUAGCUUCCCCUAAAAAUAAAAUAAAAAAACAAC